UCUUUUUCCCCUCUCGGGUUGAUCGAUCUUCACUGCCGUCUUCCUCCGCCUCCUGAACGAAAGUUCUUCUCUCUUUCUUCUCUCCCUACAUUCUACUAUAUCACUCUCAUACCGACACAAUGGGUGGCGCCAGCAGAGAAGGUGGCAAGGUUAAGCCUUUGAAGUCCGCGAAGAAGGAGAAGAAGGACCUCGACGAGGAGGACCUUGCCUACAAGGAGAAGCAGCGUGCUGAGGCCAAGGCCAAGAAGGAGCUUCUCGAGAAGACCCAGGGCAAGAAGGGUCCCCUGAACACCGGUUCGCAGGGUAUCAAGAAGUCGGGAAAGAAAUAAGCCAGCUUGGAGAUUCAAUGCGAUGACCGUCUUUCUCUCUUCUUUUUGCCUUCCUAUGACAUAACGUUAGCGACGAACAACUCAAAGAUAUCACAAUAAUGGGAGAUUUCACAUUCUAAGCAUUUGACUAUUGUUAUUUUCGUCUUAAUCCUGAUACCUAUCUUACAAACAACACA